ACCGUUUGAUUUGUUUUGUUGCUUGCUGGCUUGGUUGUGGGUAGUGGCGGAGCCGUUUUAAUCUUAAUUUCUUGUUUUUCUCUUCCUAUCUAGUAAAGUUUUUGUUUCGUGGACCAGCAAAUUUCAAAGCAUGACGAAGAAUCGAAGUCUAGCUGGAAAAUGGGCCGUUGGUCUCCUUGCUCUCACGUUCGUUUUGGUGGUGCUGGCGUUCAGCACGCAGAAUUGGCUUGCCAGUGAUGAUCGCUUCUAUGGAGCAAAGCUGGAAAAGAUGGGUCUUUGGGUACAUUGUUUUAGAAGCUUGCCAGACCCACAAGACUCAUCAUUACGGCAGUUCUUCAGUGGCUGCCGCUGGCUGUUUGAGGCAUACACCACAGGCUACUCAGAGAUCAGAGGUCAUCUGACACCCCCAUUCUUCAUAGCAGUGCAGAUGUUCUACACGCUUUGCUUCCUGUGUACGGCCGUCAGCGCUGUGCUGGUGGUGAUGCUGAUCCUCUGCAUUGACGAGGACCGCGAGGUUUGCUUCCUGCGCACCAUGGCCGUGCUGAUGGCGCUCUCAGGAGUGUUUGGCACGUUUGCGGUCAUCAUUUUUGGCGCGAUGGGACGCUCUUACGAAUGGACCACGGAUAAGCAGCAUAACUACCUCUCCUGGAGCUACGGACUCGGUGUCCUGGCCGCCUUUCUCGCCUUUGUCGACAUGUCUCUAUUCCUGGUGGAUGCCCGGAUAAAGCAGCGGAAGCUGGAGGGCCGCUACUCCGGCAAGCCGCGCACGCUUGACUCGACCGUGUAGCCGGGCGGCGGGCGAGACUAACUCAGGGCUUCGGCGGCCGGCGGCGGUAGUGGCUGCAUUCCUGCAGCUCGUGCUCUGCGUGCUGGUGUGGAACGAGGCUCAAAUCACGAACAAGAAGAUCGCUCGCAGUGUGAAUGCCGCGGCGGCUGCGGGAGACUACUAGCGAUCGUGGCGCCAUCCGUCGGCAAAGUCCGAAUCUGCACUUCAGUUAGCGCCGCAACUGCAGCGGUCGCCGUCUAGCUCGCGUGGUGCUUUCGGUCGAUCUCGGCUGAGCCUGAACUUCAGUGACAAUGGUUGACGGCGAUCGGCAUACUUCCUGGAGUGGCGGAGGCUCCAGUGACGGCAGUUGACAUACGUCCUGGAAUGCUAGAAGCUUCAGUAACGGCGAUAAGCGCACGUCUUGGAGUGGCGGAAGCUUCAGUGACGGCGAUAGGCGCACGUCUUAGAGUGGCAGAGGCUUCAGUGACGGCGGUCGGCUUUGGGGGACCGUCGCGCCGCCAGUGGAUCACGCCUGAACCGGCAUCCUGAACCAUGAAUGGCCACCGCCUACGCGGCAGCCAUUGGCGCGGCUCACAGAAUCUCGGCACAUUUGCCACACGUUCAGUCUGAACCCGCUUUUGUUUUGCCUGAUUGUGGAUAGUCCGCAUAUGUGUAAAUUUUUUUUAGUGAUACUGAGUACGUUCAAUUCUGCACGAAUGGCCUGGGUGAAAGAAAGCACCGAACAUUGUUACAAUCAUGUGGCACGUUAACGCGCACUCGUGUGUAAUUGGGGGGGGGGGGGGGGGG